AAGGAGGGGGGAAGUAGUUUGACAUGUCGGAGAAUCCCGUGGGACCAGGAUCAUGGUCCCACAAGUCCGGGACGCUGAGGCCCGGAGCGGUGCGGCCCAUCGGGGCGGACGCCCUGGUGGUCUUGCUGGAGGGGGGUCUGGACCGGGUGGUGCUGAUCGACAGCCGGCCCUUCGUGGACUACAACUCGUCCCACAUCCUGGAGGCGGUAAACGUGAACUGUUCCAAGCUGAUGAAGAGGAGGCUGCAGCAGGACAAAGUCCAGAUCGCUGAGCUGCUGCAGCACUCGGCCAAGAAGAAGUUGGAGCUGCAGGCCGAUCAGGAGGUCGUUGUUUACGACCAGAGUUCUUCCGAUCCGACGUCUCUCAGCUCCGAGUCGUUCCUCAGCGUCCUGUUGGUGAAACUGGAGCGGAGCUUUCCCUCCGUACACCUGCUCUCAGGUGGUUUCUCCGAGUUCUCCCAAUUGUUUCCUGGUCUGUGUGAGGGGAAGUCGGCUCUGGUUCCCUCCUGUAUCUCUCAGCCCUGCCUGCCUGUCACCAACAUCGGACCCACCCGCAUCCUGCCUCACCUGUACCUGGGCUGCCAGAGAGACGUCCUCAACAAGGAUCUGAUGCAGCAGAACGACAUCGGCUACGUCCUGAACGCCAGUAACACCUGCCCCAAACCCGACUUCAUCCCAGAGUCUCACUUCCUGAGAGUUCCUGUCAAUGACUCGUUCUGUGAGAAGAUCCUGCCCUGGUUGGACCGAUCGGUGGAGUUCAUAGAGAAAGCUAAAGCGUCCAACGCUCGGGUACUGGUUCACUGUCUGGCUGGAAUCUCCCGCUCGGCCACCAUCGCCAUCGCCUACAUCAUGAAGAGGAUGGACAUGUCUCUGGACGAGGCGUACAGGUUUGUGAAGGAGAAGAGGCCGACGAUCUCUCCCAACUUCAACUUCCUGGGUCAGCUGCUGGACUUUGAGAAGAAGAUUAAAAGUCCUCUCGGUACUGAAACCAGACUCAAGUCCCUCCCUCACCAGGAGCCCGGCACCGAGGUUCCGGCUCGACCUGAGGACAUGGAGCCUCUGGCCUCUCAGGAAGCCCCCGGGGGCCCCAACCUCGCCCUGCUGGAGCCCCUCACGCUGCCCUGCGUGUUAGCCGACGCCCCAGAGGAGCGUCUGCUGGCUCAGGCUCUGAGCGGCCUGCAGCUCGCUGACGGGCCUGAAGACAACGCCCGGCUCAAGCGCUCUUUCUCUCUGGACAUCAAGUCGUACGGCGAGCCGGGCAGCAGCGCUCCUCACCGGGUGUUCGUCCCUCACGCAGGGUCCGGGGACGGCGGCGAGUACUAUAAACCGUCUGCCUUCAAGGAGCCGACCAGUAAACCGUGCCAGUUCUCCCCGGUGGAGGAGGUUUCGGAGCAGUCCACUCCGGAGCAGAGUCCCGACAAAGAGGAGGCCGACGCCCCCGAGCGAGUCGCCCCGCCGCCUCCAGCAGCUAAACCUCCCAGCUGUUCUCAGCAGCUGCACCGGAGCGGCAGCAUGGAGGAGAACACCACCAGCUUCCUGUUUGGCCUCUCCCGCAGCCAGCAGCACCUGGCCAAACCAGGACCCGGCGGGGCCCUGAAGGGCUGGCACUCGGACAUCCUGCUGGGCCCCGUCACCGUCUCCACCUCCUCGCUGGCCGGCGGCUGGUACCUCUCCUCCGAAUCGGCGCACUUCUACUCCACCUCGGCCAUCCUGAGCGGCGGCGGCGGCUUCGCUGCGUACAGCUGCGGCGGCGGCCUGGAGGCAGUGCGCAGGCGCAGCCGGCAGCGGACCGGCGACCACGGCGACUCGAGAAGGAGCUGGCACGAGGAGAGCAGCUUCGAGAAGCAACUGAAGAGACGAAGCUGUCAGAUGGAGUUCGGAGACGGGAUGACGGACAGCAGGUCCAGGGAGGAGAUGGGGAAGGUCGGAAGUCAGUCCAGCUUCUCCGGCAGCAUGGAGGUCAUCGAGGUGUCCUGAGACUGACCCCAAACCUGGUCCUGAGCCUGGUCCUGAGCCUGGUCCUGACUCUGAACCUGAGACAGUGUCAGAAACCCCUCUGGGUCGGACUGAAGCAGCUCCUCGGUGUGGAGGAAAGCAACGUCGUCCUCACAGUCCUCUGAUUACCAUAAUGAGCCAAAUAUAAGACCACCUUUUAUUCAUUAGCCUUAAUGUUGCUACGCUAAGUCUACACUGCCCCCUGAAGGCCGACUGCAGGAACUGCCCCUACAAUGGAACCAGGUCCUGUUCAGUGAGACUGAUAUUAUUACCUGUUAAUGAAUCCUCUUCAGUGAAGAUCCGUGCUGGUGGUCUUAUAUUUGGUAUCAGCUCAUUAAAUAAAUCAAAAUGAAUAAGUAAAGUUCAGACUAUAAAUUCACUGUAGAACAUUUAAACACCUGCAGGUGAUUCACCUGUGCAGGUGUGAGGACUCUGAGCUACUCUUCGUCUUUUUGAGGACAGUUUCAGUCUCAGCAGGAACUCUUGUUUGAACCAGCUCACAGACUCUGUUGAACUCUGCAGGGAUGUACGGAGGAUCGCUGGUGCAUAGAGAGGACAUACGGAGGACAUAGAGGCUGGGACUCACUGCUGAUUAAAGUGUAUAAAUCAGUAAAAGAAACAUAACAAACA